UACCGUAUGGCCGUGUAUCAAUACCCGGACAGGGGGGGCGGUGGACCGAUUCUUCUCUUCUUUAAAAGGCCUCCGAAAAAUCUCCCCGUUUCCUCCCAGCGCUCCUCCCCUUCCAUUCGAGGAAAUCUUUUGUCGCGGGGUUCGAUUCGCCUCUCGAUUCAAGCCCAGGUUUUCCCAUCAAUUUGGGUUCCAUUCUCGCGAAAGUUGGGAAUUCGGAAGCAUUUUCCGGUCGAUUUGAGGCCGGCGGGGGUCGGAAGGUGCGACCCUUUGAUCGAAUAGCCCGCGCAAAGGCUUGUAUUCGGCUGUAAUUUAGCUCCGCAUGUGUGAUUCUUGAUUUCUGCUCGCCCGGGUAGAAGGCCAAUUGGCGGUUUCUUGGCUCCAAUCCUACCUUCGCAGUUCGCUCGGCAAAUCUGAGGCGCCGGGUGCUCCGUCUGCAAGGAGGGCUGCCAUAAUCCGCGCAAUUUGGUCUUAGAUGGGGACGGGAUCGAGCAUCCUUGGCGCGGAUGCCGAUUGGGGUGAGACGUCUCUCGGCGACAUGCCGGAGAGCUGCGUGGCGGCGGUGCUGCUCAACCUUGACCCGCCGGAGAUCUGCCAGGUAGCCUGCCUCAACCGCGCCUUCCGGGGCGCCGCAUCCGCGGACUGCGUCUGGGCCGGCAAGCUGCCCGCUAACUACCGGUACCUUGCGGCCCUCGCAGCUGCCGCUGAUGAUGAGGGCGAUGGUGACGGAGACGGCAAUGUCAAGCCCUGCUCCCCUAUAUCGACUAAGAAGGGGAUUUACGCGCGCCUGUGCCGACCUACUCCAUUUGAUGGCGGUACAAAGGAAUUCUGGAUCGAGAAGAACAAGGGAGGCCUUUGUAUGUCCAUCUCCUCAAAAGCGAUGGCCAUCACAGGUAUAGAUGACCGAAGAUAUUGGAGCCACCUUGUCACAGAGGAAUCAAGGUUUAAAGCUGUAUGCACUGGAGUAUCGCUGACAUGUUCUUUCCUAACUCCUAAAGAAUAAACUCUAUUUUGCAUACUGUUUUUACUUCAUUGUUGUUUUUCUUUUCUUUCUUAACUCUAUUUUAACUAAUGUAUACCCUUUAAUAUGAUUAUAGAAUGUUGUAGUUCUCUGUAGCUGGUUAGGCUAUUGCAUAAUUUCAUGGUAUACUUAGUUGAUGAGAGCCAUUUUUUCAAAUUAGACAAAUCAUUUUAUAGCCAGCAGUUAACCUCACAUUGCCUAAAUGUUGCUGUUUUUGCAAGCUACUUGAUUCCAUUCAUUGGGAUGUUAACCUUGUAUUAGCAUAAACUAGAUGUUAGUCAAGUGAAAUAUGCAACACUAUUAAUUCAGGAGAUAGUGAUCAGUGAGAAUGAAAACAUUUCCUUUGACACGGAUCUACUAUGAUGUAAGAAAGGUUAAAAUGAAUGUUCAUAUUUGCUCUGUAGGGCUGGAAAUUCCCGUAUUAAUCAGCUAAGAAGAGAACAACAUACUAUAAAAAGAAAUUCCCACAUUAACCGACUACAAACAAAGAUAGAUCAAUAGAAGAGGUUCUCUGAAAGGAAAAGAAAUAUUGGAAAAUAUAUGGUGGCCUGGUGGGAAUAGAAUUAUUUUAUGAAAGAACCUUCGUGCCUUGAGCGUAUGGAAUAUGGAGAGUGAAUAAUCUAAGUGAGACAUGGUCACACAUUAGAGGGGGAAAUUUUGGAUGCAUUUAUAAGGUAUUUGAAGACAUAGUUUACUUUUGCAUUUUAAAAUUUGAAUACAUGUAUAUUGCCUUAAAAGAGUAUUUAUCCCUUUGUCUCAAAGUUGUUUAAUUUUGAUGUACAUUGUAGCAAUUUGUGUUACUUUGUACUGGCAUUACUUUUUUCAUAAGUGAGCUAUUUGUCAAGUAUGUUUCUAAGUUCUAACUGGAAGUGCUUAUCUUGGAGUGUACCUAGUAUUCCAUUAUAAAGCGUUGUAUGUACUGUUGUUUUCUUGCAUAUAGUCAGCCAUAUACUGGGUUUAGGGUUAUCAGCUUCAGAGAUUGUGACUUAUGAAACGCUUGAUUAAAAGUUCUGCUGUUAGGUUAUUAGUUCAUCUUUCAUGAUAUAUUUUUGGUACAAACUGUACCUUUCCUACAUAUUAUACUUUUGCUGAGUUUCUUCCGUGUGCUA